CUGCGGGAGCAAGCCGGAUUCCAGCGAGUUUUUGUGGUGGAUGAGAGCGUUUCUUCGCAGGAUUGUGCUUGACGAUCCAGUGAUUGCUGUUUUCGAUGGCGAAUUUGGGAAUGACUAUAGGAGAAAACUUCUUCCUUCUUACAAGGCUGGAAGGAGGAAAUUCAAGCCUCUAGAUCCGAGCUUCAAAUGGACAAGAGGCAUAGUCCUUUCGGUAGACAUACAUGUUGAGGCUUUGCUUCUCGCUUUUCUGUGUAGUCCUUUUGGCAGAGAUGAGUUUCUCUCGUUUCCAAUGCUUUCUUCGACAGUGUAACAUACCUGUUGUGAAAGCUGAUAAUGCUGAAGCGGACGACGUCGUUGCGACACUAGCUCGGCAAGUUAACGACAGGAGUUUGAAAGCAGUCAUUGCAUCCCGGGAUAAAGAUUUCAAGCAGCUCGUUUCGGAAAACGUUGAGCUGCUGAUUCCAUUUGCGGAUCUACGAAGGUGGUCAUUUUACACUGUCAAGGAUGACGUUGAACAACACAAAUGCGAGCCUGGGAUUGAAUUGGGACAUCGAUGCUUGCUAGGCGACGCUGCUGAUGGUGUUCCCGGUGUGCCUGGUUUUGGACGGAAAACAUCUCUGAAGCUUAUGAGGAAGCACGGUUCGCUAGAAAAUCUAUUAAGUGCAGCGGCAAUUCGGACUGUUGGGAAGCCAUACAUACAAGAUGCUCUCAAGGAGCAUUCCGUGUUGCUUGAGAAAAACUUGAAAGUUUUGUCCUUGCGCAGAGAUAUUAACGUAGAGCUACCAGUUGAGUGGUGCUUGUCGAGGGAUAAGUCAAGCGAUCUUGCUGCAUUCGAAUGGCUGGAGAAGGAACUUGAAACGUUGCAGGUUUUUUAGCAGCAGUGAACUGGUCAGGCUCGAGGUUGGUCCACUUUCGCAGAAACCUCGGUGUCUUUCAAAUGAGGAUGCUCUUGCAGUAUCCAGGAGAAUGCAAUGAAACUAGCCAUUGGCAUUGUUGUUGGUGCUCUCAAGGUAUGUAGAAGCACGAGAGAUCUACAACUAGGCAGGAGAAUUCACAGGGAUGUUUCCGAGACAGGUGACUUCUCAAACAUUAUCAUCGCCAACAUCCAGCUCGAUCUGUAUGCAAAAUGCAGAAGCAUGGCGCAUUUGACAGCAUGCCGCAUCGCGAUGUGGUCUCCUGGAAUUCGAUCAUACAGGGCUAUGCACAGGUAAAUGGCUCUACAGUUGUUUGCUGGGAUGGAAGACGAAGGGUACAAACCGGAUCUACAGUUGUUUGCUGGGAUGGAAGACGAAGGGUACAAACCGGAUCGAGUAUCAGUUCUUGGUGCUCUCAAGGCUUGUUCAGCUCUUGAUUCCCACGAGCAAAGCUGCAGUUAGACUCCAGUGCCAGAACGGUUCUCGACGUCACUGCCGCUUUCAUCGUCCAAGAACUCUUCUUCCUUUUGCUUAAUGUAGCGGUCGUCCCAGAGGUUGCAGGUGCACAUUUGUAUCUUAUGCCACAGAAGAAAACGCAGAAAAAAUCAAGAGCUUGAUAGAGAGGAUUCCGGGCAGGCUUUUGGUAUGCUUAGGGAGAUUCACGGGAAAGCAGCAAAGCUUGGCUUAGGUUCGGAUCUCUUCGUCGCGAACGAUCUUUACGCAAAAUGUGGGAGCUUGACAGAGGCUCGUCCAGUUUUCGAAGGAAUGAGCCAUCGUAAUGUGGUGACACGGAACUGCAUGAUUCUCGGGUAUGCCAGCAGCGGCGAGUGGUGAAGCUCUCGAUAUCUAUGAUCGAAUGCGUCGUGGAGCGGCUCCACCGGAUGCUUUAACUUUCAUCGCUGCGCUGAAAGCUUGUUGCCGUCUCGCGAACGAGGAACUUGGGACAGUUGUUCAUGGUGAAGAAGUGAUACGAAGCUUAAGAAGUGCAUAGGUGGCAAGAAAAUCCACUUCUCCAGUGUCGUCGCAGCUUUGGGACGACUGUGAGGCGCCAUUGCCAAGGAUUGGCAAGAGCAUAGCUCGCAAAAACCAUAGGCUAUAAUUUUUUAGUUCAUAGAGUGUCAAUUGCCAAUAAAACAGUUGGUUUAGUGCA